UUCGCGAGCUCUUCGAACUCUUCCGGCCGUCGCCGCUUUUGCUGCGCUGCCGGAGGCCACUGCGUCGAGAUGCGAAAUAGUCUAAUUCCGCUCAAACACUAUGAAGAUUGAUUGGGAUCUGAUCUACGCCUUUUCUCAUUCUCCCCAUUGAUUUCAGCGUUAUGAUCAGAUUUUUGCGGCUCAGGGGACCCAAAUUUUGGCCAGUCUUCUCGUUUGUCCAACGAAACACUUCUUCGGCUCACCUCCGUCGGCGUAGCUCUCUGUCGAGCGCCGCAUUAUAUGCUGUAGAAGGAGAGGAUUAUAUUGGCCGGUCACCGGUGUUCGAUUCUUAUGCUUAUGCACGAGCAUUUCAGGAAUGCAUUGCCGAAGUCGAUCAUGUUAGAGGAAGAGCUGUUCACUGUCAUUCCCUGAAACAUGGCGGCUGUUUGGAUUUGUUCUGCCUAAAUAUCUUGCUGAACAUGUAUGCAAAAUUUGAUAUUGUAGACGAUGCGUGUCUAUUGUUUGCAGAAAUGCCCGAAAGAAAUAUGGUUUCUUUCGUCACCUUAAUUCAGGCUUAUGCCAAGUGCGGCAAGCUCAUUGAAGCAGUGCAGCUUUUUCACAGGCUUCAUAGAGAAGGCCACCAACUUAACCAGUUCGUGUUCACCACAGUUUUAAAGCUAUUUGUUGUUAUGGAGCUGCCAGAGCUUGGUCGUCAUGUGCACGCCUGCAUUUGUAGGCUUGGUCAUGAGUCAAAUGCGUAUGUUGGUGCCGCUUUACUUGAUACUUAUUCGCUCUGUGGUUAUGUCGAUGAGGCAAGAAAGGUUUUUGAUGGGAUUGUCGAAAAAGACAUUGUUGCUUGGACAGGGAUGAUUUCUUGCUAUGCUGAUAAUGAUUGUGCUGAGGAUGCCUUGCAACUAUUCUCUAGGAUGACCAUUUCUGGCUUGAGACCAAACAACAUCACGCUUACUAGCCUGAUCAAGGCAUCUGUCUCCCUUUCAUCAUUAACAUUGGGAAAGAGUAUACAUGGUUGUUCAAUUAAAACUUGCUAUGAGUUGGACCCUUAUGUGGGUGGUUCACUGCUUGAUGUGUAUGCAAAAUAUGGGGACAUCAAGGAUGCUCGUGCAAUUUUUGAGGCAGUUCCCCAGAUUGAUGUGAUCCUUUGGAGUUUUAUGAUUGCACGUUAUGCACAAAUUGAUCAAAAUGAAGAGGCAUUGGCGAUUUUCAUGCGGAUGAUGAGGGUCCCAGUAGAGCCCAAUGAAUACAGUUUUUCUAGUGUUUUACAAGCUUGUGCAAACAGUAGAGGCUUGGACAUGGGAAGGCAAGUCCAUGGCCGUGUUGUUAAGAUAGGUCUUGAUACAGAGAUUUUUGUUGCAAAUCCUCUAAUUAAUCUUUAUGCUAAGUGUGGGAAUAUGGAUGCAUCAAUGGUUAUUUUCUCAGACUUGUCCAAUAGCAAUGAUGUGAGUUGGAACACACUCAUUGUAGGUUAUAUGCAACUAGGCUUUGGUGAGGAGGCAUUGAAACUCUUUAGUCAGAUGCAUGUUGCUCAAGUACCAAAAUCUCAAGUCACCUACUCUAGUGCACUUCAAGCUUGUGUGAGCAUAGCUGCCAUCGAGCAGGCAAGGCAGGUUCAUUCAUUGAUUGCAAAGACCACACUAAGUGACGAUGCUGUUGUUAGUAAUUCUCUAAUAGAUACAUAUGCCAAAUGUGGGAGCAUCAAAGAUGCUCACAAGGUCUUUGAUGUAAUGAAGGAAUGUGAUUUGAUAUCUUGGAAUGCUUUGAUCUGUGGAUAUGCACUACAUGGCUUAGGUACCAAUGCCUUAGGCCUGUUCAAAAAGAUGAGGGACAACAAGGUUGAGCCCAAUGGUGUGACUUUCGUCGGUGUCUUAUCAGCAUGCAGUAAUGUGGGUUUAGUGGACCAAGGUCUGUCUUAUUUUAACUCUAUGGCUGAGGAUUAUGGCAUUGUGCCAAGUAUGGAACAUUAUACUUGCAUGGCCAGCCUUUUAGGGCGUUCUGGUCGUCUGAAUGAAGCGAAGGAAUUUAUUGACCGGAUGACAGUAAAACCUAGUGUUAUGGUCUGGCGUGCACUACUUGGUGGUUGUUUGAUUCACAAAAAUAUUGAGCUAGGGAACCUGUGUGCAGAAAGGAUACUUGAGAUGGAACCUCAGGAUGAGACAACAUAUGUCUUAAUGUCAAACUUGUAUGCUGCAGGAAAAAGUUGGGAUCAUGUGGCUCUUGUCAGGAAAUCCAUGAGAGCCAAAGGAGUGAAAAAGGAACCUGGUCGUAGCUGGAUUGAGUUUCAUGGUGAAAUUCACUCCUUUUGCAUGGGAGAUUACUCACAUCCUGACACUAGGGCGAUCAAUGCUAUGCUAGAAUGGUUACAUAUUAAAGUUAACAGAGCAGGUUAUGUUCCGGACGUUAAUGUGGUAUUGCAUGAUAUUGAUGAUGAUAAAAAAGAACGAAUUGUAUGGGUGCAUAGUGAGAGGUUGGCCUUGGCAUUUGCGGUUAUAAGACUUCCACCUGGAAGCCCAAUUUGUAUAAUCAAGAAUCUCCGUUUCUGCCAAGAUUGUCAUGCUGCAUUCAAAGUAAUAUCUAAAGUCAUUCAGCGGGAUAUCACUGUGAGAGAUAUUAAUCGCUUUCAUCAUUUUGAAGAUGGAACUUGUUCCUGUGGUGAUUAUUGGUGAUGCUUAUGUGCCUGGAAGAGGCUAGCAAUUGCAGACGAGAAAAGAAAAUUCCACACGUCAGCAAAUAUAAGGGGAAAAUGUGGAAUGUUCACUUUCAUGAUAUGUUGCUUUUACAUAUCAAAAUUUCCUAUCAGAAAGGAUGCUUGUAGUUGAGAGUGCAUGUGAAUUGCAUUAGAAUAAACAAGAACUUUUCGCUUGAUUUGUUAUGGUCCAACUCUAAACAUGGAUCACCAGAGUGGCAUAUUUCUUCAGAGAUUCUUCCUUGGUGACUUAUUAACUUGCACCACUAUAGGUUGCAAAUGGCCUCAUGCUGUGCCAAACAAAUGAAGAGUUAGUAAGCUGAUUUGAUAAACUGCCAUGAAGAGAACACUGGACCUUGUUCUUUCCCUCUUGCACUUCUAUUUGAAGCAGCCUUAAUGCUUUGAACCACUCCCAAGAGGCCCAGAUGGUUCGACAUCCCAACUGAUGACCUAUAGUUGCUACAGUUGUUUCUGCUACCACAUCCAGCAACAAUUCGGCAAAAUGAGCACACCAUUAUAAGAAAGCAAGCCAUUUGGAGGAAUCAGACAUGAAGAAACAUGGAGCAUGGUCAUCUGCAAAGACAGGUUGCCUAUGUAAUCAGAAAAUCACAUGCCAUCAGAGUAGCAUUCCAUGGCCUCCCAGAGCAGCAUGACCCCUCGAAAGCUCAAGUGUUUAUGUCCUGUCUAUGAGUCUCCUUGUGGAUUUAUGCAUCACAAUUUAGUUUGCGAUCAUUUAAGAUGGUAAGAAGUACGAGGGAUGACACAUUUAAACGUUUAGCAGUUGAUGAUUUGUAAAAUUUAUGAUAUAAGUUCUUUCUUCUGUACCAUAAACAUCUUCUUAGCAGUAAAUUGACACUGCCAAGCUUCCUUCAA